CUCAUUCAUCCUUGCAACUUUCUCUUUUCCCAAAAAAACCCUGUUCUACAAAGUCAUGGCAACGAGAAUCAGCGCCGUAAGUGUCAGAGAAUUGGAAGAUUUCUUCGUACCCACGUUGCUAAAUUGUAAAAACACUUCCGGGUUGAAGAAAAUUCACGCUCAAAUUGUGAAGUUCUCGUUAUCACAAAGCAAUUUCUUGGUCACAAAAAUGGUGGAUGUUUGUGACAACAGUGGGAAUUUAGGCUACGCCCGUUUGCUAUUCAAACAAGUUCUUGAGCCAAACGUGUUUUUGUUCAAUGCGAUUAUCAGAGCUUACACGCAUCAUCAAAUGUAUGAUUUAGCAGUCACUUUGUAUAAGCAAAUGCCGAGAUACUCACAAGCUGAGAACCCCAUUUUUCCUGACAAAUUCACGUUCCCGUUUAUAAUAAAAUCUUGUGCAGGGCUAUUUUGUGAAGGUUUGGGGACGCAAAUUCAUGCCCAAGUAUGUAAAUUUGGCCCAAAGUCCCAUUUGCUGAUAGAAAAUGCACUGCUAGAUUUAUAUACCAAGUGUGAGAACUUAACAGAUGCACACAAAGUGUUUGAUGGUAUGACUGAAAUGGAUGUGGUUUCUUGGAAUAGUCUCCUUUCUGGGUAUGCUAGAUUGGGGCAGAUGAGAAAGGCCAGAGGAGUGUUUGAGGAAAUCCCUAACAAGACUAUUGUGUCUUGGACAACAAUGAUUUCAGGGUACACCAGAAUCGGGUGCUACGCCGAAGCUUUGGACAUUUUUCGGCAAAUGCAAGUGUUGGGUAUUGAAGCUGAUGAGAUCAGUAUUGUUUCUGUUCUGCCGGCAUGCGCGCAGCUUGGAGCUCUUGUGGUUGGGAAAUGGAUUCACAUGUACUCAGAUAAGAAAAGGCUAUUGCAGUCUACUUGUGUUUGCAAUGCCCUGAUUGAAAUGUAUGUGAAAUGUGGUUGCAUUGAUCAAGCUUGGCAGUUGUUUGAUAAGAUGUUGGAGAGGGAUGUGAUUUCUUGGAGUACCAUGAUUGCAGGGCUGGCGAAUCACGGUAAAGCUCGCGAAGCAAUCAAACUCUUUCAAGGCAUGCAGCGAGCAAAGGUUAAACCUAAUGGCAUUACAUUUCUUGGUCUUUUAUCAGCCUGCACCCAUGCUGGCUUAUGGAAUGAGGGAGUUAAGUACUUUGAUUCUAUGAGAAAAGACUAUAACAUAGAGCCGGAAAUUGAGCAUUAUGGUUGUUUAGUUGAUCUUCUUGGACGUGCUGGGCACCUUGACCAGGCUUUUGACAGAGUAAAGAAGAUGCCAAUGAAGCCAGAGUCAAAGAUUUGGGGUUCUCUUUUAAGCUCUUGCAGGACUCAUUGCAAUCUUGAGAUUGCCAUUACUGCCAUGGAGCACCUUUCAGUGCUUGAACCAGAUGAUGCAGGGAACUAUGUUUUACUUUCCAACAUAUAUGCAGACCUGGGGAAGUGGGAAGAUGUGUCAAGGAUGAGGAAACUCAUAAGAAGUAAGAGCAUGAAGAGAACCCCAGGUUGCAGUUUGACUGAGGUUAACAAUGUGGUUAUGGAGUUUGUAUCAGGCGACGAUUCGAAACCAUUUGCAAAAGACAUAUUUUCCAUGCUAGAGCUUCUCGAAUUGCCACCAGGGUUCAGAUUUCAUCCAACAGAUGAAGAACUUAUCACCUUCUAUCUCAUCAACAAGAUAACUGAUGCUACUUUUACUGGAAGGGCGAUCGCAGAUGUCGAUCUCAACAAGUGCGAGCCAUGGGAACUCCCUGCAAAGGCGAAAAUGGGAGAGAAGGAGUGGUACUUCUUCAGCCUUCGAGAUCGUAAGUACCCAACAGGAGUGAGAACAAACCGAGCAACAAACACAGGUUACUGGAAGACGACAGGGAAAGACAAGGAGAUCUUCAACAGUGUGACAUCUGAGAUGGUUGGGAUGAAGAAGACACUUGUUUUCUACAGAGGCCGAGCUCCUAGAGGCGAGAAGUCCAAUUGGGUCAUGCAUGAAUAUCGUGUUCAUUCUAAAUCCGCCUUCAGAACCUCUAAGGAUGAAUGGGUGGUUUGCCGUGUCUUCCAGAAGAGCGCAGGCAUAAAAAAGUAUCCAGCAACCCAAUCAAGAGCAGCCAAUCCCUACAACCUAGAAAUAGGUCCAAGUGUGGUGCCAUCACCUAUGAUGCAGAUAGGUGAUCACCAAUUCCCAUAUGGCAGAAAUUACAUGACAAGUGCUGAGCUGGCAGAGAUUUCUAGGGUUUUAAGAAAUGGCGGCAGCGGCGGUGGUGGAUCAUCAAAUGGCACUAUUAACGUACCAAUCCAACCCCAAUUCAACUACCCAAAUCUUGGAGGAGGAGGAGGAGGGUUUACAAUUUCUGGGUUAAAUUUGAAUCUUGGUGCGCCAGCCACCCAGCCCAUGUUGAGGCCAAUGCCACCACCACAACUACAUCAUCAAGGUCCUCCGGCUAUGAACCCUCAUCAGCAAGAUGUUAUGAGUAAUGGGGCUAAUAAUAAUUCUCUUGGUCCAGAUCAUCAAGCUGGAUAUGGUGCAGUAGAUAUGAACAACAACAAUGCAAAUGGGAAUGGCAACAGGUUUAUGAACAUGGAGCAUUGUGUGGAUCUUGACACCUACUGGCCUCCCUAUUAG